CGGCCGUCUUCACUCUUUGCGAGGCACUGGCUAACUGCAUUUGGAUUUUCGGCUGCCGCUAGAGUUUUAAGGUUCUUUUCCGUUCCUCUGACACAGCAAAAACAAGAUGGCUGACCCAUGGCAAGAGGCAAUGGAUCAUGCUGUGGAGGUGGCCAGAAAGGCAGGAAAAAUCAUAAGAGAUGCCUUGCAGAAUGAAGUGAAGAUCAUGUGCAAAAGUUCCUCUGUGGAUCUGGUCACUAAAACGGACCAGCGGGUAGAGAAACUAAUCAUCGAGUCUGUUAAAGGGAGGUUUCCAAAACACAGUUUCAUUGGUGAGGAGUCAGUGGCUGCAGGUCAGCCUUGUAUCCUGACAGAUAACCCCACAUGGAUCGUUGACCCUGUGGAUGGCACCACAAACUUUGUCCAUGGGUUUCCUUUUGUCGCCGUGUCAAUCGGCUUCGCCGUUAAUAAAGAGCUUGAAUUUGGAGUGGUAUACAGCUGUUUAGAAGAUAAGAUGUACACAGGAAGGAAAGGAAAGGGAGCAUUCUGCGAUGGGGAAAAACUGUCGGUGUCAGAUCAAACAGAUAUUAGGAAAACUAUAAUCAUCAGUGAACUUGGAUCCCACAGAGACCCUGAAACAGUUAGCAAGGUCUUUUCGACAAUGCAGAAGAUCCUCUGCAUUCCAGUGCACGGGAUCCGUGGGUCCGGAACAGCUGCCACUAACAUGUGCUUGGUGGCCUCAGGGGCCGUGGAGGCUUUCUUUGAGAUUGGCAUCCACUGCUGGGACGUCGCUGCUGGGGCAGUCAUUGUCCAGGAGGCUGGAGGAGUACUGCUGGAUGUGGAUGGUGGGCCUUUUGACCUGAUGUCCCGAAGAAUGGUGUCGGCGAAUAACAAAACCAUCGCCGAUCGCAUCAUAAAGGAGAUUGAAAUCUUUCCCGCCGAAAGAGAUGACGUCCCUGCGAAGAAGUGAUAGUCUAGCAUCAUUUCACAUGAAAAAAAAAGUCCGCACAGUAACUGUUUUUAGAGAUGGACCACGUUGUUUGCUUGAAGUAGUCCUUGCACAUGAUCAUGAAUCGUUUGGACCAGUUAUCACUUCACACUCCUAACGUUGUUG